CUGAGAUCUCAUGAUGUAAUCUGAUGCUCCUGUUUCCCUUGUUUUUUUGUUCAAACUUUCUAGCAUUUAGAUACUAUGUGGGGCAUAGGGAGGUUUAAAACCCUUCUAAUAGUAAUAUGGGGGACUUACUGACACUAUCAGGGUUUUCAUUGAUUUAUAAUGUUUUUUAACAGGGAAGCUGCCUAGUAAGUGCAUUUUUAACACUUUGCACUGCUGAGGAUUAGUUUUGCAUAAUCGUAUGCUUUAGCCCUGGAUGGUACACGUUUAUUCAGACUUUAGCGAAUAAUCAUUAAAAAAGAGAAUUUAAACAAACACUCUUCUGUUGGAAAAAGUAGUGGAAAGAUUGAUAAAUCCGUUGUGUAGCAGAAAAUAAAAUGGUGUUUAUCAAAAGAGAAUGUUAGGGUGCCAAGAAAAAUAAAUAAAUGAAACAUUCUGUGUUUAUCUAGAAACUUUAGUUGGCCAAUAGGACGAGUCCCAUCAAUGAACUCUGGAAUCUGGAAGCUAGCGCUUGGCUGCAGUCUAUAUUAACACUGUGAAGAAUUUCAUCCAAACCCCAGAGACAUGGAGUCACUGAGCUUCGGAACAAUUCUCCUGACUGCCUUGAUAUCACUUUUAACAUUGUAUUUAAUAUGGGGCCAUGUAUCUACAAGACGCAAACUCCCCCCUGGUCCCACUCCUCUGCCGCUGUUUGGAAAUCUCUUGCAGGUCAGGAAUGGACAGAUGGCAAAAACCCUGAUGGAGGUUAGUACGACUUAUUACAACAUGUGAACACACCUUUAAUUGCAUUCGUGAAAGAAGCACUUGUAGCUAAUUCACUAAAUUGUAUAAAAAGUAUUUGAGUAACUUCUUUAGAUCUGGUGAACUAAUCCUUAAUGUUUGUAUUUCCAAAAUGUUAUCAGUUAAAUAAAAUUAUUAAGAUUUUGCAAUGCUCCAUUAUUUAGCUGUACUUCACUGCUUAAAAUUAAAGAAAAUAAGGAGAUGGGGCCACACCAAGAACAUACAUUUUUAACCAGUUUUGCUGCCAUAGAAACCAGCAUGUAUUCAAAUUACAUAUUAAGUUACAGCGCACACACACAUUUUUUUUAUAAGGCUGCUUAAAAUCAUCUAUCUCACCAAACAAUUAUGGGGAUUCAAUUCCACCGUAUGGCCAUAUUGUGUUUAGUCCAUCACUACGUCACAGUACCCCAAUAUUGGUGGGUCCUACUCUAAAAUUGUUAAAAUUAGCGUUUGAUUAUUGGUAACCUCUCCUAUUACUCCCCAUAAUAAUUCCUCCUAUUACUCCACAUUAUGCUCCUAUAACUCCUCCUAUACCUCCAUAUACCACCUAUAUAAGAACUCCUCUUAUUACUCCAUAUUAUGCUCAUAUAACUGCUGCUAUUAUUCCAUAUAACUCAUCCUAUACCUCGAUAUAAUCUUCCCUAUAAUAACUCAUCAUAUUAAUUUAUAUUAUGCUCCUAUAACUCCUCCUAUUACUCCAUAUAACUCGCCCUAUAUCCCGCCUAUUACUCCAUAUAACCCUCCCUAUAACUCCUCCUAUUACUCCAUAUAACCUCCCUAUUACUCCUCCUAUUACUCCAUAUGACCUCCCUAUAACUCCUCCUAUAACUCCAUAUAACCCUCCCUAUAACUCCUCCUAUUACUCCAUAUAACCCUCCCUAUAAUGCCUCCUAUUACUCUAUAUAACCCUCCCUAUAACUCCUCCUAUUACUCCAUAUAACCUCCCUAUAACCCCUCCUAUUACUUUUUAUAACCUUCCCUAUAACUCCUCCUAUUACUCCAUAUAACCCUCCCUAUAACUCCUCCUGUUACUCCAUAUAACCCUCCCUAUAACUCCUCCUAUUACUCCAUAUAACCCUCCCUAUAACUCCUCCUAUUACUCCGUAUAACUCUCCCUAUAACUCCUCCUAUUACUCCAUAUAACCCUCUCUAUAACGCCUCCUAUUACUCCAUAUAACCUCCCUAUAACUCCUCCUAUUACUCCGUAUAUCUCUCCCUAUAACUCCUCCUAUUACUCCGUAUAACUCUCCCUAUAACUCCUCCUAUUACUCCAUAUAACCCUCCCUAUAACGCCUCCUAUUACUCCAUAUAACCUCCCUAUAACUCCUCCUAUUACUCCGUAUAUCUCUCCCUAUAACUCCUCCUAUUACUCCAUAUAACCCUCUCUAUAACCCUUCCUAUUACUCCAUAUAACUCUCCCUAUAACCCCUCCUAUUACUCCAUAUAACCCUCCCUAUAACGCCUCCUAUUACUCCAUAUAACCUCCCUAUAACUCCUCCUAUUACUCCGUAUAACUCUCCCUAUAACUCCUCCUAUUACUCCAUAUAACCCUCUCUAUAACCCUUCCUAUUACUCCAUAUAACUCUCCCUAUAACCCCUCCUAUUACUCCAUAUAACCCUCCCUAUAACGCCUCCUAUUACUCCAUAUAACCUCCCUAUAACCCCUCCUAUUACUCCAUAUAACCCUCCCUAUAACUCCUCCUAUUACUCCAUAUAACCCUCCCUAUAGCUCCUCCUAUUACUCCAUAUAACCCCUUCCUAUAACUCCUCCUAUUACUCCAUAUAACUCCUCCUAUUACUCCAUAUAACCCUCCCUAUUACUCCUCCUAUUACUCCAUAUAACCCUCCCUAUAACUCCUCCUAUUACUCCAUAUAACUCUCCCUAUAACCCCUCCUAUUACUCCAUAUAACCCUCCCUAUAACCCCUCCUAUUACUCCAUAUAACCCUCCCUAUAUCUCCUCCUAUUACUCCAUAUAACCCUCCCUAUAACUCCUCCUAUUACUCCAUAUAACCCUCUCUAUGUCUCCUCCUAUUACUCAUAUAACCCUCCCUAUAACUCCUCCUAUUACUCCAUAUAACCCUCCCUAUAACUCCUCCUAUUACUCCAUAUAACCCUCCCUAAAACUCCUCCUAUUACUCCAGAUAACCCUCCCUAUAUCGUCUCAAAUUACUCCAUAUAACCUCCCUAUAACUCCUCCUAUUACUCCAUACAACCCUCCCUAUAACCCCUCCUAUUACUCCAUAUAACCCUCUCUAUAACCCCUCCUAUUAUUCCAUAUAACCCUCCCUAUAACUCCUCCUAUUGCUCCACAUAACCUCCCUAUAUCUCCUCCUAUUACUCUAUAUAACCCUCUCUAUAACCCCUCCUAUUACUCCAUAUGACCUCCCUAUAACUCCUCCUAUAACUCCAUAUAACCCUCCCUAUAACUCCUCCUAUUACUCCAUAUAACCCUCCCUAUAACGCCUCCUAUUACUCUAUAUAACCCUCCCUAUAACUCCUCCUAUUACUCCAUAUAACCCUCCCUAUAACUCCUCCCAUUACUCCAUAUAACCCUCUCUAUAACCCCUCCUAUUACUCCAUAUAACCCUCCUUAUAACUCCUCCUAUUACUCCAUAUAAUCUCUAUAAAACUCCUCCUAUUACUCCAUAUAACCCUCCCUAUAACUCCUCCUAUUAUUCCAUUUAACCUCCCUAUAACUCCUCCUAUAACUCCAUAUAACCCUCCCUAUAACUCCUCCCAUUACUCCAUAUAACCCUCCCUAUAACCCCUCCUAUUACUCCAUAUAACCCUCCCUAUAACUCUUCCUAUUACUCCAUAUAACCCUCCCUAGAACUCCUCAUAUUACUCCAUAUAACUCCUCCUAUUCUUCCUCCUAUUACUCCAUAUAACGCUCCCUAUAAUAACUCCUCCUAUUAUUCCUGAUUAUGCUCCUAUAACUGUUCCCAAUGCUCUGUAUAUCCCUCUCUAUAAUGCACCUUAUUGCUCUAUAUAGGAACUAUUUGAACUAUGAAGUCUUCCAAUGUCUCUAUACAAAGCCUUAUAUUCCCCCUGUAUAUCCCUUCCUAUAAUUAAAUCUAAGUUUGUGUAAUUGUUUUACAGCUGAGUAAACAAUAUGGCUCCGUUUAUACCUUUUACUUUGGCCUACGUCCAGUCGUUAUAUUCUGUGGUUAUGAAGCCGUGAAGGAAGCACUUGUUGAUCAUGGAGAAGAUUUCACAGGUCGUGGUGAGCAGCCCACCGUGGACAGAGUCUUCCAAGGUUAUGGUAAAUAAUCCUCCAUAACCGUUCUUCUUAAUAAGCUGUUCAUAUAUGAUCUUCUAUUAAUGAAAAUAAAUGCAUAAAACUCAAUAGUUAUGGUGGAAGAUAACAAAUGUAAUUAUGUACAAUUAUCCUGAUAACUGUAACAAGAUUCCCAGAACGCUAUGCCACAAUAUGCAAAUUAUCUCACAGUGUAUAACUCUCAGAUCCCAGUCUACAUUUCUGUUGGCUUUCUUAACCUUUCCGUUUUGGGCUGAUACUGUGAAAAUGUAUGUAAAUACGGACUGGUAUAAAGAGAUAACCAGCAGCAAUCAGAGGCUUGCUAGGAACAUUAGUCUAGAACUGGUAAUAGUUUGGAGGAUAGAUCUGAAUAAUCUUAUUCCGUGAUGCAGCAAUAACCUGAUGCUGUCUUGAAUAAGGGAUCGUUAAGCACUAUAUAUUCCUGUGAACCCACCACCCUGUUACCGAAUGUAAGACCCUGUAUGCUAGGGCAGGGCAUCUUGCUAUUAAAAAAUUAUUAGAUUGCUACCAGGUAGAGUAUUUUUCAUUUUCUAUCAUUCACAUAGUUAAAAACAUAGUUUACAAUCAAAGGGGAAUGCCCCAGAUUAGCAGAUACUAAGGUGAGAAAAACAGUCACAGGGGGUCCCGUUGUGAUCAUGUCCCUAAAUCCCCAUGGAAUAGGAGAUCUGAACACUGAGUGACGUAGCUCUCUCUUUUCUUCUCCCACCUAGAUAAGAUGUUAAAUAAAAAUGUGGUAGGCUGCUAAGUCAAUCACCCGCUCUUAGUUGGUGUAGUCCACCAGGCUUCUGCUGGGUUCUAUAUUUCUCCCCUUAAAAACCUUGCAUCAACCUGACCCUGUUCUCCUAUCAAAGGACUGUGCUGGGUCCGACUGUUAUACCAUCAGGGGCUGUGAUGCAUUCGCUGACUGGUGGUACCUCUCACUGGACAAGGAGAUUCAUUUUGGGAUGAACAACAAUUCAGCCGCAUUUGGGUCAAUCGGAUGAUCAUUGACAAACUCCGAGGAAAAAUUUACGGAAUCACGAAAUGCACAAUGACUGAGCAUGCUUGGUUUGGGGCUUUAUGAUUCUGGAUUUGUCAUAAAAAGAUGACGAUUUCACAAUCACUAAAUGUUGAUUUUUUUACACGGACCGAGUGAGAAGUGACCAACAGAGGCAAAAAAGGAACAGUAGGAAAAAAGCUAUAUUUAUAUAUUAUAUAUUGAAUACAUUUAUAACAUAUAAAUAUAGUUUUUUUUACUGCCCGUACUAUUUUUCCCCUAUUUGUUGGAUUUUCUCCCUUAUCUGUGAACCAGGUGGGGUAGGGGAUUCUCUAUUAGAGUAUUGCUAAAUAUGUACAAACAAUUAUACUAUGUUUGUAUUUUGCAGCACACUGAUUGACCUUUUUUCAUGCCUAUUUUGAUCUUCUGAUUCGGUUCUUGGUAUCUCGAUUUUGAAAUUCUGCCGAAUCAACUGACCGAAAUUUGUGUGUCCCAAAAAGUUUCUAGUUUCAGAAAAAUUUGUGUGUCCCAAAAAGUUUCUAGUUUCAGCGAACAUUCUGAUAACUUACAUACUUUGAUGGCACAGUUCAUCUUCUCUUUUUGCAGCCUGUAUAUAAAAUCUGAGGUUGUGUAUUAUGGUUAAUACUAUUCCGAACAGCUACAAUUAAGUUAUUUAUUGUUAUGUAGCUGGAGCACUAACUGUGCUCUAUAGAUGUGUGAUGCUGUAUCAUAAUGCAAUGUAUGUGUUUGGUCUCUCUUUAAUCUCUAUUUAAUAUCUGGACGUGGGUCACACAGGGGAACUGGGGGAGGGACAAAGAAACAUAUAUAGAGUAAACACAAAUAUAGUGUAGUAUGACCAGUGAUAAAUGUGAGUAGUGAUACAAAUGAAUAAACUCACAUGGGAUAGAGCCUCUUGCGAUAGGCUCAAAUCUCAUAGCCGACGUUUGCUAUGGUGACAGAGUCCCACUAAAUAACAGCAAUAAUCUAGUACAAGGAAUCAAUGAUAAUCAAUCUGAGAGGAUUUCCAGAAGUAAAUAUGGACGUAACGUGAUUGAAUUCUGACUGUGUUCCAGGAUUAAUAGCGAGUGAAGGUGAACGAUGGAGGCAGCUCCGGCGCUUCUCGUUAUCAACUCUGAGAAACUUUGGUUUGGGGAAGAGGAGCAUUGAGGAGAGAAUUAAGGAUGAGGCACAGUCUCUGGUAGAUGAACUUAAGACAUACAAAGGUAAGUUGUAGUGUGCACUUACAACAUGUUAUAACCAUUUCUUGCUUUAAAAAUAUUUAUAUAAUUUAUAUUUAGACAAUUGUUUAUAUAUAUAUAUUAUAUGUUUCCUACGUACAUUAAGACAAAAAUAAUUAACCAGGGUAAUGAUACAUUAAUCUUCCACUACUCUCCAGGUAAGUCCUGGGAUGUAAAUAUUACUAUUAUCCAACGUAAUUAUACUCACCCAACCAACUCAGUAAGGAAGAAAGGCUAAACGUAUGUUGCUGAGAAUAAAAUCUGUGACUGAGAUAUAGAAGUUAGAAGAGGUAGGCAAUCUUCGGUACUCCAGAUAUUCUAGACUACAUUUUCCCUGGUAGUCCACAACAUCUGGAGUGCAGGAGGUUGCCUAACCUUGAGCUAGAGCAAUUGUCACUAUCUCAGUAAACAGAUAUUUAUUUUUUGGAAUAUUUGUUAGUCACAUACGUAUACGUAUUUUUAAUAGUUUGUGUCAUGAAAGCAAUGCCAUCCAACAGCCAAUAGAUUUUUCAAGUCAUUGUCCUAGCAGGACCAAGAACAAUCAGUAAGAAACUGCAUUUGUCUUCCACCUAGUAUGGUAUGGUGGGGCAAGCAGUCCAUAAUACAAGGAUUUUGUUUAAUAAAUUGUCUAACUAUUCUAACACUCUGUGGGUGCCUGAAUUUUGAAGUCAUUGGUGUUUCUUAGAAGUUUCUUUGAAUCUCUCUUUCUUUCAGGACAGUCAAUUGACCCAGCUGUUCUAAUUUCCAAAGCUGUAUCUAAUGUCAUCUCCUCGGUGGUGUUCGGUAAACGCUUCGAGUACAAUGAUAAAAAGUUUCAUAGGAUGCUUGAUAUAUUUACAGAAACAUUUGAACUGAUGAGUUCCACCUGGGGACAGGUAAGACUAUGGCAACGAAUUGACAUUCUACUGUUUUUAUCUUACUGUAUUCCAUCAAAGGACAAUCCCUUUAACAUGUUAAACACGUGCCAUUCAAUAUAUCAUUUCUGCGUUGGCCACAUUUGGAAAGUAAUUGUUUUAAUAGAGUAGGAUUUAUGAGUUUAUCUAUAUGGUUCUUCCUGUAUUCACAUUUACAGGGGAAUUGUAUGAAACUUAUUUUUUUUUUCAAAUGGAAACAAUGUUCAUGUAUACAGUAUGUACAACAUCAUGCUACAGUGAUGUCUGUAAUCCUUCUGUUACCAGCAAGACUCUGGAAUGAGUUUGAAUUGGUCAGGGAACGUCAGAUUAUAAGUAUAUGAAGUAUCUCACUAUAAAUUUGUAUUUACUUUGAAAGUGACUUUUCACUUAAAUAAAUGAUUUAAUGAAAUAUUUUAAUCUCCAAUCUGACACAUGACUUUCUUGUGAAAGGACCUAAAACCGUUUCAUAGGUGAUAAGUAUGGAAAGCAAGUUUGAAAAUAUGAAGCAAAUCACAAGUGGAAACACACUACAGGAAAAGAUCAAGUACACAACAACUACAACAGAGAACCGAACAAUUAUAUUAUGUCUUGUAAACAAGUUAAAACAUUGCAGGGAAUACACACCACAGGGGGCACAAUACAAAGAAUAGAUAUUUUUGAGAGAGCAAAGGUAGAUAAAUAGUAGAGGCAGAAACUGACUCCAGCGAGCCUUUGAAAAGUGACCGGUGAGAGACAAAACGUGUUUGGUUGCCAAGUUCCAAAACAGGCUGCAUGUCCGGUGGACGUGAUGAAUGUGAAAGAGAGCCUGCUGUGGACGUGAUUCUUGGAUCUCCGUCAAACACAGACCCCAGUAGAGGUAUCAGGCACAUUUGAACAUUGAAUCUCUAAGCAUAAUUGUAAUUAUUAAUAAAGGUUGCUUUUAUGUACUUUCACAUAUGGAGCAUUUCCUCUUUUUGAUGCCCACUGUGAAUGAAAUAUCUUCUCAAGCUAACUUCCAGAUCUAUUAUAAGGUGCAAGACUGGAAGGAAAGAGAGGGAUCUUAAAGGGACACUAUAGGCACCGAGACAACUUGAGCUCAUUGAGGUCUGGGUGCAAUGCCCUGUCCCUUUAACCCUGCAAUUGUAAUUAUUGCUGUAAUUGAUAAACUGAAAUUGCAGGGUUAACUCCACCUCUAGACAGUCACUAGAGAUGCUUCCAGGUCGUUAAGCAACUUUUGGUCACCUAACUGACACUGGACAUCCUCCCUCUAUGCAUGAGGACAUCCAGCGUCAGCUAAAACCCUAUUGAAGAAAUGCUUUCCUAUUGGUUAAUCCUAAUGUGGGCGCGGUAGGUCACUUUGCUCCAACAUGGGACUGUCCCUUUAACCCAUUAAACAUGUCAUUAGGUCACUUUGCUCCUACAUGGGACUGUCCCUUUAACCCAUUAAACAUGUCGCUGUCAUUAGGUCACUUUACUCCAACAUUGGACUGUCCUUUUAACCCAUGUCCCUUUAACCCAUUAAACAUGUUGCUGUCAUUAGGUCACUUUGCUCCUACAUGGGACUGUCUCUUUAACCCAUUAAAAAUGUCACUGUCAUUAGGUCACUUUGCUCCUACAUGGGACUGUCCCUUUAACCCAUUAAACAAGUCACUGUCAUUAGGUCACUUUGCUCCUACAUGGGACUGUCCCUUUAACCCAUUAAACAUGUCGCUGUCAUUAGGUCACUUUGCUCCUACAUGGGACUGUCCCUUUAACCCAUUAAUGUAACUUUCAUUCGGUCACUUUGCUCCUAUAUUUAGCGUAUUUAACAUGUGAUUAUACAGUGAGAUGGUGCACAUUUAUCUAUUUGAGUACUUUUAUUAACCUAUUUUGCAUCUGAUUGCAGAUUCAGGAUAUGAUUCCUUUCAUAAUGAACCAUAUUCCUGGACCUCAUCAGAAAAUCACCGCUUUAUUAGAGGAACUGAAUGCGUUUCUUGCAGAGAGAGUUAAAAUAAACCAGGAAACGUUGGAUCCUAAUUCACCGAGAGACUAUAUUGACUGCUUCCUAUUAAAAAUGGAAGAGGUACGUAAAACAGACAGGGUUUCAACUGGGAUCUACUAAUUCAUGUUUUAAGCUACUCUUUACCAGGGUUUGCCUUACAGGGUUAAUUUUGUAAAGUGAGAAAUUCAAAGUGUAUUUCAAAUUUAAGGCAAAAAUAGCCAAAAUGAAAGCAUUACUGACUUUGAGAAUAUUUUCAGUUUUACAAUAUUGACCUUAAAUUUGAAAUUAACUUUGAAUUCUUACUUUUGUGAAUAACCCUGUUUGUCUAAAGGAGACCUGUUGGUGGUCUUCAUGUUUGAAAGCUGUGAAGGUAAGUCCUUGAUGAACACUUUGCAAUCCCAUAUAAUAUUGAUACAUGUCGAAUCUGAAUAAGUUCCUACUCAAACAUGUCUGUGUAUGAGUUCAACUCCCAUGGUCUGAUUCCUGGACCCUUUUAAAGCCAUAGUAAGGUGCGUAUUGGGAAGGGAAGCAUCACAAGCUUCUAGUCUUUAAAAUCACAAAUAUCACUAACUUAAAAAAUAAGAUGAUAUGAAAAGAUACCAGGAGCUACAGUAAAUUCACAGAUAAUCAAUAGUUAAUGUCGAUACUAAUACUCACAUAUUAUUUGGGAAUGUAAAGUACGUUCUGCAAACAUACAGUUACAGACAUACUAAUUUUAACAAGGUGUUAUUGUAAUUAAAAUAUUGUUUUUCAUACACUUUUGAUCAUUAACUUGUCUACAUUACUCUCUAUGCUGCCUGUCCCUCGCAGCAAAGUGAUUGAUUUGGCUUUCUUCAUUUAAUUAAUUACUCUAAAUUUAAUAUCUCUUGCACCUUACCUACCGUGAGGAUGCCCAAUAUAUAAGUUUAAAUCUUAAAUAUGAAAUUCCAUAUGUGAUACAUUUAUUGGACCUUACACUUCCAGGAGAAGAACAACCCAACAUCAGAAUUCCACAUGAGAAACUUACUGCUAAGUCUCAAUAAUCUGUUUUUUGCUGGUGGGGAAACUGUGGCUACAACAUUAAAGCAUGGGUUUCUAGUUCUUCUCAAAUACCCAGACGUACAAGGUAAAACAAUGUCCUACUUAAAGACAAGUUGUCACAUUCUGUUCUGUUCUGCGGAGAUGUCUGGCUUUGGCUUCUGGUAUCCAGUACUCUUUUUACAAUUCUUGUUUAGUUUUUCUUGGUUUUUCUGGUUUUCUAUUCCAUGUCUGGUUUUCUUUAUGCUGGGUUUUCUGGGAUCAUUCCUUUAUUCCGUUCCUGGAAUUCCCAGUCUCUUGAAUUCCUUUAAAUGUUUAUUUUGUGUUGCCACUCCCGUUCCUUUUCCAUUAAUUCGUUUUGUUUUAGUUGGUUCCUGCAGGCAGUAGCUCCAAGUCUUCUGCCCAUUUCUUGCAGGUAAGUGCUGUGUGUUAUUAUUUUUCAUUUAGUCAUGCAUAUCUAGGCAGUCUAGGACCCACCAUAAUUGGAGGACUUUGACGCAGUGGUGGACUGCAUAAAUCUUGGCCAUUUAUGUAUGUCUAAAUCUCCAGUCUUUUACAUCGAUAGUACUUAGUUAUGUCUCCUCUUGUUUUGCUUUGUAUCUCUUGUCUUGUUUUAUUUUGUCUUGUAUUCCCAGUUCAUGUACAGUCCUGCCCUGCCCUAUUCUUGUUUUCCUCAUGUCUUGUGUACAUGUUCUGGGUUCUGCUUUCUGUCCUGCUCCGGUUUUGGGUUCUCCUAGUUUUGUCUUGUUUUCUUGUUUGGUGUCUAUUCUAGUCUUACCUUGUUUCCGUACUGGAUACAUAUCUGCUGCAGAGCCUCCCUAUUCAGAUCCUGGGAGGUCUGCUUAUUGUCAUCUGGUACCUGGUAUGUGGCCGCAAAAAUGCUGGUGCUCACCACCAGAGGGCAUGUGGUUACCCUGCACCAGGCCCUAAUAAUCCAUUUCCACACAGUGACUCCUAAUAUCAAGAUCAGGCAUACUGGGUACCGGUCACACAAGUCAUGGAUAAUACAGUCUCCUAUUUCCAAUGUAAAAACCUGGACACUUUAAAUUAUGGACCUCAAUGAACUACUACCAAAGUUAUUUACUAAAGUGAAAAUUAAAGGUGCCCUUCCAAUUUUACACCAGACUGCAUAGCUGACUUAGAGAAUAUGUCCAGUCCAGCUAUUGUUUUGCGUAAAAUUUGAAAUUCACUUUGAAUUCUCACAUUGGUGAAAAAUCCUGUAAUUGUAAUUAUGUCAGGCUAAUUCAGUCAAACUUUAUUUAUUCCAAUGUAUACCCUAGAGCAGGGAUAGGCAACCUUCAACACCCCAGAUGUUUUGGACUACACCUCCCAUGAUGCUUUGCUGGCACUAUGGGUGUCAGAGCAUUAUGGCGGCUGUAGUCCAAAACAUCUGGAGUGCCGAAGGUUGCCUAUCCCUGCACUAGAGUUACGUUCAUGAUGCAGAACUCAUGAAGAUUACAUUGCACAUACUUAAAAUAGGAGUUUGGGGGAAUGUAAAAUAACCUCUUAUCGGUCCAACACAAGUGGAUAUUUUGGUUUUUAACCCUUACCUCAAUACAAGAGAUUAAUCUGAACUAAUGAAAGAUCCAUCUAUUUGUUGUGAAGGUUUUUUGAAACCUGCACUGAAACACGAGGACUGAGAAUAUAUUCAGAAUUACACUUUACUGUUCACCUAAAUGAAAGGAAAUAUUUUGGAUUUAUUUUCAAUGUGUCUGCUGUGCGAUGUUUCUAAUUCCUGCUUUGAACCAUGUCAUUCUUUGGCCUUAAUUUCAGCCAAGCUCCAUGAGGAAAUAGACCGUGUUAUUGGUCAGGACCGCAGCCCAACCAUUGAGGACCGGAGUAAGAUGCCUUACACAGAUGCCGUGAUCCAUGAAAUCCAACGCUUUAGUGAUGUUAUCCCAAUGAAUGCACCUCAUUCAGCAAUAAAGGACACAGAGUUCAGGGGAUACACCAUUCCUAAGGUGGGAUAGUUACAAAGUUCCAUAAAGAAUCUCUCUACGGACCACAACUAGUGUGGUCUGACUUCAUAUGUAGCCCAGUAAUUACUAACACGUUCAUAAAGAAAAGACUUGCUGACUAGAUGCUAGAAUGUUUGUGUAUAGGAAUGUGCUAGACAUAACAGUUGGAAUGUUCAAUAUAAAAGAAUGUGCACACCAUGGUUAGAAUAUUCUUUUUACCUUCUAGGGCACUGGGGUGUGUGCUCUCUUGUGCUCUGUCUUGGAAGACGCCAGCUAUUUUGCUACCCCUCAAAAAUUCAAUUCCAACCACUUUUUGAAUCCUGAUGGGUCCUUCAAGAGAAAUGAUGCCUUCAUGCCUUUUUCUGCAGGUACAAUUGCAAAUCUAUGAGUCUGGUACUAAACUAUUAGAGUAAUAAAAGUCUUCUUCUAACAUCAGACCUCAUCUCACCCUUUCACACUCACACAUGGGUCUCAAUUACAUUCCAGCCAAUAGUUAAUAGCGGCAAUUUAUCAGCUCCCUGUAAGCCUUUUAUUUAAUCAAAACAAUUAUAUUAUCACCAUUAAAGUUUUAUUGAACAAUUUUAUAAGAUACUUAGCAUUGAGCAUAUUGAAUUCAAUGGAAUUUUUCAAUAACAUAAUUCUUGAAAAAUUGCCUUGAAGAUUUUAAGUAAAAAGCUGUAGAUUAUUUUUUGACCAUUUUACUGCUGGCACCACUUGCAUUAACCUCCAUUGUAUUAAUAGAAUGGUCGUAUUGAUGCCAACAGGCUAUUAUUUGAAAUAUUUUAGCCAUUAAAUAGACAAAAAAAAAUUGCAUCUGAAGUGUGUUUAUCAGAUCAUUUUUCUCGAGCAGUCAGCCCAUUCAGCAGGUUUGCCUUUGAGAAUUCCGUCUGACAAAUACACGUAAUCCUCUCAUUGUUUGCUAGUUAUUGUCACCUCAAUAGUGCAUCCGUUGUUCUAUAUCCAAGAAUUCACUUACUACGUCAGAAUGCCACCUCAUUCCUCCAGCUCUACCUAAACCAGAAAGUAAAACUCUUUCUAUCUGGUUAUCUCUCGAUCAUCAAGUCUUAUUUUUUUUUCCAGAGAGGUUUGUGUGGAGCAGGGCAGUGAGAACCCAAUGGAUCUGGAUAAAAAACACAAAAAAAGACAUGUGGGAACACAUGAAACUUACAGAGUUAUUCACUAAAAUAAGAAUUAAGAGUGAAUUGAAAGAGAAUUUAAAAUGUAAGGCUAGAAUUGCAAAAUUGAAAGCAUAGCUGACUAGCAGGAUUUUUAUAGGAAUUUGGUUCCACCAUAUGGUCAUACCAUGUUAAGCCAACCACUACAUCACAGUACCACAAUAUCGGUGGGUCCUACACGACUUUUAGCACAGGGGAUAAGCAUGCUUGUGUGUUUGCAUAAUAUUAUAGUCAGUAGUCUCUGGAGCAAGGACAAGGUAAGUUAAUACAUUUAGGAAUUGGACAAUUUAAAAGGUAUUUGACUACAAUUUCUUUAUAAACCUUCUCAAUGCCUGUCUUUUUGCAGGAAAGAGGAUGUGCCUGGGUGAAGGUUUGGCACGAACAGAACUCUUCCUCUUCCUCACUAUCAUAUUGCAGAACUUCACCUUAACCUCUCAGACGCAGUUUACAGAGUCUGAUAUCACCCCAAGAAUGGCAGGGUUUGCAAAUGUUCCUAUAUCUUACCAAAUGUCAUUUGGGACACGUUAAAAAUACACAAUCCAUAAUGUAAAAUAAACACACCAUUUAAACAUAUGUUAGCAUAAUAAUAUACAGCAAGCCAAGAAGAAGUGGAGAAAUACUAAGAAACAAGAUUCCAUGACUCCAUCAGAUCUAGCCAAAUUCAUUAAUAUCAUUAAACGUCUGAUACGCAGUUUGUUAAUGAUUGUAAAAACAGAUUUACAUUGGUUUACUUGUGUUCCAUGUAAAAUAUCAGCAAUGUAGUUAUUUAUAGAGUAAUAUAAGCCCGUAGGAGAGAGCAGCCUUGUUUUGAGGCCAAAAAUAGUUCUCAAAUCUUUAUUUAAAGGAUAGAAAGUCCAUAAUUAGUGAAUAAUCUCUGAGACCAACAGCUUAUUUACAAGGAAAGGGACUACGGCCCUAUAGUUCCUGAAUAAUAAUAUAAUAUGAUUAAAAAUAAGAAUAUAAAUAUUUAGGACUCAUGAAGAGCUAAACUAGGUCCCUCUCCUUGAAUAUUAUAAUUAGGACCCCCGUCCACCAACAAUUGGUGUUGACACUAGAUUUUCUCUCCUGAAUAUUAUAAUCAGGACCCCGAACAGACUGGCCAAAUUCAGACUGGAAUUGGUUCUAUUAAAUCUACAAAUUGGCAAUGCGCUCAGAAUUUGGUUAUUUUCUGUACAGAAAACAUAAAACACUUUCUAAUGAAUCAAUACUAUUAUAGAGAAUGCAGAAUUCUCUAUGGACCCUAUAAUAGAAUAGGGGGGAAAAAAAUAUAAUAAUUUAUAAAGCCUAUAAUAAUACAAAGUGUUAAUAUUCAGUAGUGCCAAAAUAUUGUAAAGGAUAUAGAACUGCCUUUCACUUUCAGUUAUACAGUCCAUUAAAUAUCACAGAUAAUCUUGUCUACAGUCCCUUAUUGUAGAUAGGUCACCCAUUCCUGUGCUCAAAUAGCAGAAAUGCCAUUAAUUGCAAUGUGUCAAUUUGCAAAUGAUUUUAUAUAUAUAUAUAUAUUUUAAUGUACUGUAAGUUGAAUGUACUUUUAAAUACGUGUGUUUUUCAAUAUAAUUAUGCAACUGAAUACUGGUGCUUCCAUCCACAACUUUAUACCUGUGAGAAUAUAAUUAAUUUUAGAUAAUCUUACUGAUGGAAUGCUGUCACAGCGAGAAACUUGUGGCCCAUUGAGAACUCGCAUUGAUCUUUGUAGAUAUUGUUAAAUCCAAUGUCCAUGACAUCCAUUCAAGCACAGGGCUGCUGUGUAGAGCAGUGGUAAUGUCUGUAAGACAACCUCAACAGUAAGUUUCCCUUGGGAAGACACCUACCAAUGUAUAUCCACUUGCCUAAAUCCUCAUAGUUUGUAAGCUUUUUUUUGAGUAGGGGCUUCUUAACCUCUCAGAUAACUCAUUGUUGGUGCUGGUAAUAAUAAAGUGCUAUUCUUGUGUAAACUUCAUAAUGUUAGUAUUCUGCUUCAACGCUAACAACAAUUUAAGAGAAGAUUUUGCGGAAACAGUGUAAAUACACUUGUUGUUACAUCUUAGAAUGAGUAUGUAUUUUGUAUAUACAUUUUUAUAUGUAUUAAAAUUGUGGAUUUAGAAUUCUAAAA